AUGGGCGAGGGGUUACUUAAGAAAGAGCCCAUCACCAAAAGCCUAUCCCAGUCUGGGUGGCCACUCUCAAAUGUGGAGCUUAUUGCACAAUUUGCAGCAGCUUGUCCCCACAUAGUUCCACGGUCUGCCUGGGGGGCAAGAGAGUCCCACUGCUUCAAGAUGACUCUGCCUGCAAAGUAUGCCAUCAUCCUUCACACUGCUGGAAGAACAUGCAGUCAGCCUGAUGAGUGCCGCCUGCUGAUCCGAGAUCUCCAGUCCUUCUUCAUGGACAGGCUAAACUCAUGUGACAUUGGGUAUAACUUCCUUGUGGGCCAGGAUGGUGGUGUUUAUGAAGGCGUGGGCUGGAAUAACCAAGGCUCUAAAACUGAUGGGUACAAUGACAUUGCUUUGAGUAUCGCCUUCAUGGGUAUCUUCACAGGUUCCUCACCCAAUGCAGCUGCACUGCAGGCAGCCCAGGACUUGAUCCAGUGUGCUGUGGUCAAGGGGUACCUGACUCCCAACUACCUGCUAAUGGGCCACAGUGAUGUGUCCAAUACUCUGUCCCCUGGGCAGGCAUUGUACAACAUUAUCAAGACGUGGCCCCAUUUCAAGCACUGA